GACUGUUAGUGGUCCCACGCAGACUAAUUACUAAGGUGUUUUUCCACGGGGAGGAGCAACAAGAGCAGCAGAGUAGCAUACUAGACAUUUGCGUUUGGAAAGCGAAGGUACAGCGUGCGCUCCGUGGACGCGCUCGAACGUCACGCCGUGAUAUUCGAAUUGUUUAAAUAACCGAAUUAUUAACAUACAGUUGAUUGUUUGGGUAACACUUUUACAGAACGUUAACUUGCGUUCGCAUUUAUUUUAAAGUCACGUUGAUUUUGUAUAUAUGUUUAUAUAGGCUACUCUGCAUCGCGCUCCUGGAGAAGUUCGUUCUUGAACUGUUGUUAUGUUUUGGAGCGUAUUUUGGGGCUUAAUGUAAACGCAUCGUUGUUAUGGAGAAAUUCUGGAACGCAAAGACAUGUAAUGCACUAGAUUAUGCGCUGCAAUUCUAAUGUUAACUACACAGAUAUCUACUACAAUGUCACAGGCUGAGGUGGACAUGGCAGGUAUUGGCUUCCCGAAGUUGCCUGCGGGUUUUGACGCGGACUCGUUCUUCCCAGCGCGCCUGCCGCCGAGACGAAGGAGACACUCGGCGAACUCCAGGAGAAAUGCCUACAGGUUUAACAAACUCCACACCAUGGACAUUGAACCGCAGGAGAGCAUCGCACCUCUGACCAAAACUCUUUCGUGGUCAGCCGACAAUAUUUUAUCAGAAGGUGCCAACGAGGAGAAAAAGACGGACUCUUCUCCUACAACGUCACCUGUCUCCAGCUCUUCACCUGAGACGCAAGACUCGGACCCGCGACCAGCUGAUACCUGGGCCCCCGAGGAGCCCAGCGCGCAGGAGGCUGAUGCCAGCUCGGACUCCGAUGAUGAAAGCACCCAGAAGAAAGCUGUUUUGUCCAGAGCCCCGUUUGAGAGCAAACGCGAGCAGGAGGAAAAGGAUGAGGUUGAGACUAAAGCUGUGGCGACUUCACCUGAUGGAAGGUUUCUGAAAUUUAACAUUGAGAUCGGAAGGGGCUCCUUUAAGACAGUCUACAAAGGAUUGGAUACGGAGACCACUGUGGAGGUUGCUUGGUGUGAACUACAGACCAGAAGGCUGACGAAAGUGGAGCGGCAGCGUUUCAGUGAAGAGGUGGAGAUGCUGAAGUGCCUGCAGCAUCCAAACAUCGUCCGCUUCUACGACUCCUGGAAGUCCACCAUGAAAGGACACAAGUGUAUCAUCCUCGUGACGGAACUCAUGACGUCAGGGACGCUGAAGACGUACCUGAAAAGGUUCAAAGAGAUGAAGCUAAAGCUUCUCCAGCGUUGGAGUCAUCAGAUCCUGAAGGGCCUUCACUUCCUGCACACCCGAACCCCUCCUAUAAUCCACAGAGACCUUAAAUGUGACAACAUCUUCAUUACUGGCCCCACUGGAUCUGUUAAGAUUGGUGAUUUGGGCCUAGCUACUCUCAAGAGUGCCUCAUUUGCCAAGAGUGUCAUUGGAACCCCAGAGUUUAUGGCUCCAGAGAUGUACGAGGAGAAAUAUGACGAAGCUGUGGAUGUUUAUGCCUUUGGCAUGUGCAUCCUCGAGAUGACCACAUCAGAGUACCCUUAUUCAGAGUGCCAAAAUGCUGCGCAAAUCUACCGCAAAGUCACCAGUGGCAUGAAGCCAGACAGUUUUUACAAAGUGAAAGUCCCUGAACUGAAAGAGAUCAUUGAGGGAUGCAUCCGGAUGAACAAAGACGAAAGGUACACUAUCCAGGACCUGUUAGAGCACACCUUCUUCCAGGAGAAUAAUGGUGUCCGUGUUGAAUUGGCUGAGGAGGAUGACAUGGUGAAGUCUGGCCUUAAACUCUGGCUUCGAAUGGACGACACCAAGAAGCUCCAUGGCAAAUAUAAGGACAACAACGCCAUCGAGUUCCUUUUUGAACUCUACAAGGACGUCCCAGAAGAAGUGGCUCAGGAGAUGGUUGUUCUUGGCUUCGUCUGUGAGGCAGACUAUAAACUGGUGGCCAAAGCCAUCCGUGAUCGCGUCACCGCCAUCAAGCGCCAACGAGAGAAGCUCCGCCGACAGGAGGAACCCGAACCUAGUCUUGAAGCCGAACCUUCAGUUUCGAACCCACCUACUCCUAAGCCCCCUGUGGAGACGCCCGUAUCCACCUCUACUCAAACUCCGCCCACUGUCACAGUAUCAGGACCCGUUUCCUUGCCUGCAAAUGAAUCACUGGACUCUGGCUUCAAUGCCAGCUUUGCCACCGAACCCGAGGAGCCAGAUGCUGACCAGCGGCAGCAUUUCAACAUACGUCACGCCAGCUACUCAUCAGCGACGUCUGACUGUGAGACGGAUGGAUAUCUCAGCUCCUCCGGGCUUCAGGAACCGUCAGAAGUUCGAGGUCCUGUGGCAAACCAACCCUCCACAGCUCCACAACCAACCAGUGGAGCUCCUCAAGUGGAAACCCCACCCACUGAAGCCGCUUCCACCCCAGCUGCAGUGAUCCCAGCUCUCCGUUUCCCCUCGAGCAUAGCUGUGUCUCAAAACACAGAGAGGGCCCAAUCAGGAAAUGCCAGUGGUUUUUCCUCUCCUGUCGACAGCUACGCUUCUGAUGUCACCUCUGGUUUGAGUGACGGAAACGAGGGUCUUUCUGAGAGAGGCGGGAAAGGUCAGAGCAAACGCACCGGAACCAAGCUGCUCAGGAAGAGAGCUCGAUCACGGCUACGCAUCACUGGGCUGUCAGAUAAAGUGGAUCGGGUUGUAGAGUGUCAACUACAGACCCAUAACAGCAAGAUGGUGACAUUUAAGUUCGAUCUGGAUGGAGACAACCCAGAAGACAUUGCUGCAGUAAUGGUACAUAAUGAGUUUAUCCUACCUGGGGAGAGAGAGGGAUUCAUCCAUCGCAUGAGAGACAUCAUCCGGCGGGCGGAGGCCCUGAUGAGGAGAGAGCCUUUGGAACCGCUCGGCCCAAGAGACAACGCCCGUCUGCCUUAUCUGAGCGGAGUCGGCACACUGUCUGCCUCGCAGCCUAAUCUCCACACGCAGGGCCUCGCUCGUACACACUCCUCCUCCUCGUUGCCAGAUUACGCUGCUGCCAGUAUAGGGCCAGUGACCCGAGGUUCCUCCCCCACACUGAGUGCCGACUUUUACGUUGAUCCCGAUGCCGUUCCACCCGUCCGGCCCCUGCGUUCACAAUCUUUCCACACUACAGGUUCCUCCCAGACCUACCAGGCUUCUACGCCCAACUACCCGCAGUACUCCCACCCCGACGUUCUGCCACAUCUCCUGCCAAACCAGAUGUCCGCCAUGCCCCCUCAGCUCCCCAAACCCACUUACGUUCACAACACCCACUUCACAUACUCCUACCAAAUGGAUCACGGCUCCCUCAAUAGUCCCCUCAACCCUAGUCCUCUCACCCGGGUUCCAAGCAAUCCAAACUUCUUUUCCUCCUCUUCGUCCUCUUCUGUUGUGUCACCAGUUCAGCAGUCCGUCGAGAUGCCUCCUCAAGGUGAAACCAACACUUUGCCGCUUCCAGUUGCCCCUCCACCUGGUCCGCAAGCUCCAGGCAUGUGGCCACCGCCUUCCCAGCAGCCUUUUAUUUCGCUGGCCAAUGUUCUUUCUCUGGCUAUGAAUUUUGCGCAGUCCUUUAUACCCCCUGGAUCCAUCCCUCAAGGUUUCCACCCGCAAAUGACCCCUCAACCAGGGUACGGCCCUAUGUAUCCAGCUCAGCAUGCGAGUAUGAGUAACCCGGAUCCUCCAUACCACCAGGGUGCACAGAGUGGACAGUAUAUGGAUAUGUACCAAUAUCCUGAUGCUCACAUGCAGAUUCCGGCACCAGUUCCUGAACCUCAAGAUGGGAGUCAAAGAGCAUCUCCACCAGUAGUCCCUCUUAGGGAGAUGAGAAUACCUGAGAUCAAACAGCCCAUUUCCGCAAUCCCGAGUUCUUCUCCAGGGUCCAGAAGUAGCCCACUGGUGGAAAGCCAGUCUAACCCCACCGGGCAGCUCAGAGAGCGGGCAGACAGUUCAGCAUCAAGCUCCCGCACCCCAUCCAGCACAAGCUCACCAGCGUCCUCCACAUCCCCAAGCCCACAAAACACAGUGUCCUCACCUGUCCCAAGGUCCUCCCCUACUCUGUCCAUGUCUCUGGCUGUGUCUGAAACGAAUUCCAUCGCAGCCAAAUCUAGACUCUCACCUAUUUCUGAAGAGAAAAAGUCUAUUGUCACAGUGGGACGGUUCCAGGUCAGUCCAAGCAAGGAGAUCCCCAUUCCAACACCCAGCCCGACCCCCAGCCUGACGCCAACUCCCACCCCUACAGCUACGCCCACAUCCACAUCCAUAUCGACCCAAACAUGCUCUGUAACAGUCCCCCAGGCCACGCCCCCUGCACACAACAGCCAAUCAGACAGCAGCACAGACAUACAGGUGGAAUCAGAAAGCAGUCCCAGCUCUCUGAAUGAAUCACCACCACUUAUCCAAACACCUAAUGAGGCUUUGGGCAGCUCAGACAGCGCACCCUUGUGGACUGGAGAACCUAAAACACCAGACAGAAAAGUUGUAGAACCAGACGAGGGACGUGGAGGUGAGGAAGGGGAGGAGGUGGAGGAGGAGACAGAAAGGAGGCGGAGGAGGAUAAGUGUGAGUUUGCUGGAUAGUUCAGCCGGGAGUCCUCAGUUCAAUCUAAAUCAGCCGUGGAUGAGCUACACACGCAGCGCGUCUUACGCUAGCAGCGACGAGACAGAAAGUGAAGACGAGGGAAUGUAUGAGGAGUUACAGGAACUCAGAGAGAGACAUGUGGCAGAGGUUCAGGCUCUCCAGGCCACUCAAAAGCAAGAGAUAGAGGAACUCUACAAACGGAUGGGUAAAGUGCCCCCUCCGGGAAUCGUGUCUCCAGCUGCCAUGUUGUCCAGCCGCCAACGUCGCCUGUCCAAAAGCGGAGGGUACUCCAGUUCUCGUCGAAAUAGCCUGCAGAGACUGGACAUACUGCCCCCUACAGGUAUCAUGCGUAAGAACUCAGUGAGCGGUAGCAGCAGUGGGUCACAAGAAAGGACCAGUAAAGGAGUGACCUUUGCCUCUGAUUAUGCCAGAAUUUGAUUUCUUUUUCUAAGAAGCCCUUUGGCCUUCGUACUCCUCUACUUAUGGACUGAAGUGACUUCCUCAUGCAACUGCUGAUGUGUGUGAGCACAUUUUUGUGAUAUCAGAAAAGGAGUAUGUGUUCUUCACAGACUGUGAUGUGAAUAUUUUUAACCAGUAUACCUCUGCUCAGUAUUCGAAGGAUGAUUUACGUACCUAGUGAGCUUUCUGAAGAGACGGGGCACUUGGAAGCACAGACUUUAUAUAUGAAACUUGUUUAGAGAUGUGAUGUAGUUGAAAUGCCACUCAUUGCAGCUCUAGCACCCCUAGUGGUUGAAUGUAUAAAUUGCAAAUGUGUUUUCACUUAUUAGGCAGUCCAUGUGGUUGCUGUCUAUAAUUUGGUCAACUGUAGAUCAACUGGUCAGUUCAUUUUUAUUCCAAAUCCCAGGCAGUCAUAAAUACCUGAAAGAAUCGGUACUGUAAACAAUUGUAUUUUCUCCUUUGCAAAAAUGCAAUGCAAUUCAAUACAUUCAGUCCUUACAAAGACUUUCAGGCCUCACUGUAGGUUUGCUUUUAAAUAAACAGUAUCAUGUACAUAUGACAAAUUGUAAAAAUGUUCAUCAUGGAUUUCAGUGCAUAUGUGACUUGCAAUGUUUUGCACUCUUAAUAAUUGCACAAAAUAUUUUUUUAAACACCCAUAACUUGCAGUAUUGAAAAUGAUUUUAUUUCUUUUUCAUAAUACAGAUCUCUGAUGCCUCAGAUUUGUCUAAAAUGAAUUUAGAUAAUGCAAAAUGCAAGGCUUUAUUGAUAUUUAGACCUAAAACCAUUUGAUCUAACAUUAUUUGACUAUUUAACUGAGAAUAAUAAGCAUAUUUAAAUGUGCUUGUCAAUCAAUUCUCAUUUAGAUGUUAUGCAAAAGUGACUGAAUAAAUGCAUUUCUGGAGGUAACAAUCUAACCAAAGUAUCUAAAACCAAAUUUUAGAAAUGAAUCUGCCUUCAGUUCAUUAAAUGCCCAUUCUGACAUUUUUCUCUAAAUUGUAAAUUAUACUUUUAGUUGUAAUUUUAGUAGGUGCUGAGUAAGAAUUUAGUUCCUGCUGAUGUUAAAACAGCAUUCGGUGUGAGUUUGCUUUAUUUAAUGGCUCUUCAGCUUCUGGCUGCCUAAUGUUUCCUAUAUUUGAAACUCUUCUGUCUUAAUGCUUUUCCCUUUGUUAUUCAUAUUUUAGUUAAUAGUGUGAAAUGAAGAUGUUAACUGGUGUUUUCUUAAUUAAAAGAAGAAAAACAAGCAAACAACGGACACACCGCACUUUUCCUCAUGGCAUUUGCCAGUAGAUGCCAUAGAUGAUCUGUAUAUAAGGACAGUAAUGAGUUGUGACAUGUGGAGUCUCAGUUUAUAUGCCUCGGACUAUGCAGCGACGUUACGUUAUAUAGGAAUAUGUGAAGAUAAACAUAUUGACAACUGAGAAACUGUGAAGUUUGAACAAUUGUUGCCUUAAAGUAUCUGUGUUUGCUUGGACAGCAGGUGUGUUCUACUGCAUAGCAAGAGAAGAUUUAUAUAUAGACAUAGAUUUAUUUAGAUAAAGAGAAAAGCUGUAUUAUAUUAUGCGAAAAAGUUGUACUGCCAUACAGAUUGUGCCUAUUGUUUUUUUUUUACAGUUUACUCUUGAUUCCUGGAUGAGACAUGAUUGUUGUAAAUGUACAAAUAAAUAAUGAUUCACAAAC